AUCGGAAAAUAUGAUAUCUGAAUUAGAGCAUACCAGAGAAAUACUAAAAUAUUAGAGACAAGGAGACCCCAAUUCAUUCUUUUAAGAAGAGUAGCAGCACCUUCACUUUCAAUCAUGCCGUUGCUUUUUGGCUCUGUUUUCUCUUUACUCUCUUUAGACACGAAAUAGAGAAAUCAGGGUGCCUGAAGCUGUGGGAAACUCCAUAUUUCCUUCCUCAGAUACCCACAUUCUGUCUCUGCUUCUGUAACUCCCUUCUGCUUUUGAUGCUAAGAUUUUCUGGACUACAUCAGAUUACUACCCAUCACUUCCCAUUCAAUUCCUCUGUUUCACUUUCCCUUUUCAUCCCUCUCUUUCUUUCAAGUCUCAAGAUUUCAAGUUUGGAUUUUUUUUUUUCUCCCUUGGUGUUCUAACAAUGGGCUGUAUAAAAUGGGGAAUGUUUACUGGGCUGCUGCUGGUGGUUUGCAUGGCUUCGUUUUGUGUUGCUCUCACUGACCCUCGUGAUGUUGCGGCGAUGAAUAGCUUGUUCCUUUCUCUGAACUUGCCACCCUUGCUUGGAUGGGUUCCUGUUGGAGGAGAUCCUUGUGGAGAGGAAUGGCAAGGUGUCAGCUGCGUAUUCUUUAACAUAACUGCACUGAAACUAAAUGGCAUGAAUUUAGGAGGAGGCUUGGACGAUGACUUGGCGCUUUUUGAAUCUAUCAUAGAAAUAGAUUUGAGUAACAAUCAUAUUGGAGGUAGUAUUCCAUCCAACUUACCCCUUACCUUGAGGAGCUUCGCUCUUGCUGGUAAUCAGUUCAAUGGAAGCAUCCCAGAUACCCUGUCUUCGUUAACUCAAUUGUCAUACUUGUCAUUAAACAAUAAUCAUCUAAAUGGAGGAAUACCAGAUGCCUUUCAACAGAUGACAAGCUUGACAAAUUUGGAUCUGUCAGGUAACAAUUUGAGUGGUCCGCUGCCUCCAUCACUGGGAAAUUUGUCAUCUCUUAGUUCAUUGCAUUUGCAGAAUAAUAAACUUAUAGGGGUCCUUGAUGUUUUACAGGAUCUUCCCCUUCAGGAUCUGAAUGUUGAGAACAAUCUGUUUUCAGGGCCUAUGCCUGCAAAGCUACUGAAUAUUCCAAAUUUCAGAAAAGAUGGCAACCCAUUCAACACAACCAUAAUUCCUUCUCCUCCACUUGCACUCCCCCCAUCUCCAGCCAUGCCACCAUCUUCUGCAAAAUCACCUGAGAAGAAGGGACAUGGUCCACCUGCCUCAGAAAUACCAAAGGCUGAAAGUUCAAGGCCUUUUUUUACGACUAAUAGGGCCAUCUUGAUUGGUGUUUCUGUGGUGGCAGUAGUUAUCAUAUUAGGAGUGUGUCUGUUAAUGUCUGCCUGCUGUAGAAGAAGGCAAGUGGAGGAAGAUGCCGAAAGGCAUAAUGAAGAUGCCUAUAGGGGCCACAUAGAGAAGCCUAGUAAUAAAUCUUCAUUGCAAAAAAAUAGUCAAGAGGACAAAGUUCCAAAAGAAUCGAUAGUAAAUAUACAAGAUCAGUCUCGACAAGAUAACAGAAAAAUGGAGAUAAGUCCAAAGCUUCGGGAUGAGCAGGGAUUAGAUCUGGCACGAAUGUCUGCAUGGUCAAGGAAGAAUGUGGAUCAUGGGACAAAUAUGAAUUUUUUGCAUCUGCAGCCACCCCCACCCCCAUGUCUUCCUGUUGACAAGGUCAUUGUUAAUCCAGUUGUGCCUGCAGAAGUAUAUGAAUGGAGUUGCUCAACUAAGAAUCUGAAAUCCUCAAGUUCUAUAAGGGUUUUCACCAUUGCAACUCUUCAGCAGUACACGGAUAGUUUUUCAGAAGAAAAUUUUGUUGGAGAGGGCACGCUUUGCAGUGUUUACAAGGCUGAGCUUCCUGAUGGAAAGCUACUGGCUGUCAAGAAACUGAACAGCAUGGCUACCAGGCAACAGACUGACGAGGAAUUCCUUGACCUAGUUUCUACUAUCGCUAAAAUUCGACAUGCGAACAUUGUGGAACUUGUGGGUUAUUGUAAUGAGCAUGGCCAACGGUUACUUGUUUAUGAGUAUUGUGAAAUGGGGACACUUCAUGAUGCACUGCAUAUGGAUGAUGAGAUACAUAAGAAACUGUCAUGGAAUGCACGCAUUCGGCUGGCUCUAGGAGCAGCUAGAGCGCUACAGUAUCUGCAUGAAGUCUGUCAGCCCCCCAUUGUACAUCGCAAUUUCAAAUCUGGCAAUAUCCUAAUUGAUGAAAAGUUUGUAGCAUGUGUCUCAGACUGUGGUUUGGCCCCUCUACAAUCAUCUGGCUCUGCAAGUCAGUUAUCAGGACGCCUCCUCAGUGCUUAUGGCUAUGGUGCUCCUGAGUUUGAGUUAGGAAGUUAUACUUGCAAGAGUGAUGUAUAUAGUUUUGGAGUUGUGAUGCUAGAACUCCUCACUGGGAGGAAGUCUUAUGACAGGUCACGUAGUCGAGGGGAGCAAUCUCUGGUUAGAUGGGCAAUUCCUCAGCUUCAUGAUAUAGAUUCACUAUCUGGGAUGGUUGACCCUUCUUUAAAUGGAGCAUAUCCUGUCAAGUCUUUAUCUCGUUUUGCUGAUAUAAUAUCCAGAUGCGUACAGUGGGAGCCUGAAUUCAGACCUUCAAUGUCUGAAGUUGUCCAGGAUCUUUUGCACAUGAUAUGAUAUGGAGGAGAAUCUGAAGUACUCAAUCAACUGAAACUCAAGAUUUUGGUCAGAUGGGAAGUUAUUGGAGAAACAGUAUUUAUAACGUUAUUCAUCUGUUAUGUAUACUUGAGGGCUUGUUUGGAUGGAAAUUUUAGAGAUAACCUAGCUACAAAUUCUUCUAGUGCUAUAUCUACUAUUUAUUGUUCUGUAUAUUCUUUGGAGAUGUGUUAAUACAAUUAUGAUCAUUAUUUGUGCA